GCGCCACUUGGCAGCGUUGUUGUGGUUCUGGUGAAGUAGAGACUUCCUCGAAAACGUUAAGCUUAUGCCGCCAAGUGGAUUUGAAAUCCUCCAGACUUGAGUUUAUGGGGAGUCUGCACCAGAAGGGCUCUCUCUUCCUGUUUUCGGGCGGCUGGGAGAGAGACGGGGCGGAUGGAAGUGCCAUGUAGGUGUGAGAAUGAGCGGUCAGCAGACUCCAGCAGGGACCGACGACUACUCUGUGCAGCAGGAGAAUGAACUGGAGGCCCUGGCCUCGAUAUUCGGGGAGGAUUUCCAAGACUUACGGAACAAGGAUCCCUGGAAGGUUAAAAGGCCUCCAGAGGUCCACCUCUGCCUGAGGCCCAGUGGGCUGAACUAUGGGCAGGAAUGCUACGCCACGGUGGACCUGCAGGUGAAAUGUCCUCCCAAGUACCCGGACAUGCCUCCAGAGCUGGAGCUGAAGAACGCCAAAGGCCUUUCAAACGAGAACCUCCAGAACCUCCAGAGUGAACUCACCAAACUGGCAGCUGUGCGAUGUGGGGAGGUGAUGAUCUAUGAGCUAGCAGACCACAUCCAGGGCUUUCUGAGCGAGCACAACAUGCCCCCGACUCGUUCUUUCCACGAGGAGAUGCUGAAGAACCAGAAAAAGCAGCAGGAGAAACUAGCUCUGGAGGAGCAGGAGAGGAUGGACCAGCGGCGCAAGCAAGAGGAGGAGAUGGAAAAAGAGAUCAUGGCUGAAAUCCAAAGGAGGGAGGAGGAGAAGCGGGAAGAAAAGAGAAGAAAGGAAAUAGCCAAACAGGAGCGACUCGAGAGCCAAGAGCAGCCGGUCCCGGUGUUGGAGAAGACUCCAUCCAGUCCAGGUGAAGCGACUCCUGAACUGACAGAAGCCAAGAAAGCCGGCGGUAACCGCCGCCGGACCACCUCCAACACACGCCACCGGCGAGACACGGUUAACGAGGACAACCACCGCCCGCAGCAGCUUCUGCACUUCAACAGCAGCAUUUCCGGGGAGCUCGUCGUUCACAAGGGGAAAAGUUUAGGAGAGAGCGAGCGGCUCGGCAGAAGUGUCUACUGCGGGUUUGAAGCUAAUUCCGGAGAGUAUGCAGUGAUUUACGAGUGGUCGUUGCACUGGAACAAGAACAUGGGAAAGUUCUUCACCAGUCAGGAGAAAGGGAAGAUCGAGAAUUGUAAAAAGCAGAUCCAUGCUGCUGAACAUGAGUUCAACUCUCUCCUCCGGCUGGAUCACCCACAUUUGGUGCAUUACACGGCUCUGAGCUCCACAGAGAAGGAGGACUGCCUGGUGGUGAACCUGCUGGUGGAGCACGUGGCCGGGGUCAGCCUGAACCAGAGCCUGCUCACCCAGACCCCGGUCCCCCUGGAGAAGCUCUGCCAGUACACGGCCCAGCUGCUGUCGGCCCUCGACUACCUCCACUCCAACUCCGUGGUGCACAAACAGCUGGGGGCCUCCAGCGUCCUGCUGGACUCUGAGGGCAACGUCCGGCUCACCGAUUACAGCUUAUCCAAGAGGUUCGCCGAGAUUUGCAAAGAGGACAUUUUUGAGCAAGCGCACGUGCGUUUCUCUGAAGACACAGCGAUGCCAACAAAAACAGGCAAGAAGGGGGAUGUGUGGAGCCUGGGGCUGAUGCUGCUGGCCCUGAGUCAGGGCAAAGAAGUGAAGGAGUAUCCAGUGACGGUGCCGGGGAGCCUGCCUUCUGACUUCCAGGAUUUCCUAAACAAGUGCGUGUGUCUGAACGAUGCUGAACGCUGGACGACUCAGCAGCUUUUGGACCACUCUUUCCUCAAGCCUCCCUCACCCAGAAACCUGCCACAGGAUCAGGAUACCAGCCCAGAAGAUCUAGACUUUGCAUCAUCAGUCAUUCCCCAAAGCCACAUCCUAAACACACCCUUCAGUUCAGGGUUUCAAAGGCAGCUAUCGCGUUAUUACAUUGAGUUUGAGGAGCUGCAGCUUCUGGGAAAAGGAGCCUUUGGUGCUGUGAUUAAGGUUCAAAACAAACUGGACGGUUGCUACUAUGCCGUCAAGCGCAUCCAGGUCAAUCCCGCCAGUAAGCAGUUCCGACGGAUCAAAGGUGAAGUGACGCUGCUCUCGCGCCUGAAUCACGAGAACAUCGUGCGCUACUACAACGCCUGGAUCGAGCGGCAUGAGAAGCCGACCAUUGGAGCGCUGAGCAGCACCGACAGCUCGGACCCUCAGAGCACGCCGGACAAACAGCCGGAGUCCCGGAGUCGACCGCGGCGCCUCAACGAGCUCGGCCUCGCCGACAACGUGGAGGACGCCGCCCCUCCUCCGGCUCUAUCCAGCUCGGUGGAGUGGUCCACGACCAUCGAGAGAUCUUCCAGCGCCAAGUGUAGCGGACACCAGUCAAGUGAUGAGGACGACGAUGAGGAAGAUGAAGAAGAUGUAUUUGGCGCUUCUUUUUUGCCAUCAGAUAGCGACUCGGAGAGCGACAUCAUCUUUGAAAACGGCGAUGACAGCAUAGACGAGCUGUCACAGGUUGAAGCGAGCAAAAGACCCCUGACUGACACCACGGAGAGCUCCGACUCCGACCCACAUCUCACUAUUGCACAUCACUUGUACAUACAAAUGGAAUACUGUGAAAAGAGCACUUUAAGGGACACAAUAGAUCAAAGCCUGUACUUGGACCAGAAUCGGUUAUGGAGACUGUUCAGGGAGAUCCUGGAUGGCCUCGCUUACAUCCAUGAGCAGGGAAUGAUUCACAGGGACUUGAAGCCUGUCAACAUCUUUCUGGACUCUCAGGAUCAUGUGAAAAUUGGAGACUUUGGCCUGGCUACUGAUCACCCCGCUAACGUGGCUGCAGGUAAAUGUGAGGUGGAGGAGAGCACCUCUGCAGCAAUGCCCAAGCCCGACCCAACAGGUAACAUGACAGGCAUGGUUGGCACGGCCCUCUACGUCAGUCCAGAGGUUCAAGGAAACACCAAAGCUACUUACAACCAGAAAGUUGACCUGUUCAGUCUGGGAAUCAUCCUGUUUGAGAUGUCCUACCGGCCGAUGACCACCGGUGCCGAGCGCAUCUCUGUCCUGAGCCAGCUUCGAGUGGAGCCCAUCUCCUUCCCAGAGGACUUUGCUGCACAUGGAACGCAGAUGAAGGUGAUCGAGUGGCUUCUGAAACACGACCCGGCCUUUCGGCCUACUGCGCACGAGCUGCUGAAGAGUGAACUUCUGCCGCCGCCUCAGAUGGAGGAGUCGGAGCUGCAUGAGGUUCUGCAACACACCAUGGCCAAUGUCAACGGCAAGGCCUACCGCACCAUGGUGGGGCAGCUUUUUGCCCAGAACACGUCACCAGUCAUGGAUUAUACCUACGAUAUAGACCUGUACAAGGGCACCUUCAGCUUCAAUUCUGCCAAAUUGCAGCAGCAUGUGUACGAAACCAUCACCAGGAUCUUCAAGAAGCACGGUGCGGUGCGUCUCCAGACGCCGCUGCUCCUCCCCAGAAACAGGAAGUUGUAUGACGGCAAUGAGCUGGCCUGCUUCAUGGACCACAGCGGCAUGCUGGUUACUCUGCCCUAUGACCUUCGCAUGGGGUUCGCAAGAUUUGUGGCCCGCAAUAACAUAACACACCUGAAGAGGUACAGCAUCGAGCGGGUUUUCCGGCCCAGGAAGCUGGAUCGUGCGCACCCCAGGGAACUUCUGGAGUGUGCCUUUGACAUUAUCACACCUGUCAGCAACAGCCUCCUCCCUGAUGCAGAGGCCAUUUACACCAUUUCUGAAAUAAUCCAAGAGUUCCCUGCUCUCCAGGAAAGGAACUAUAACAUUUACCUGAACCACACCAGCUUGUUGAAGGCCAUCCUGCUUCACAGCGGUGUCCCGGAGGACAAACUGAGCCAGGCCUCCAACAUACUGUGUGACGCCAUGAGCGAAAAGCUGACCAAACGUGAGGUGGAGGCCAAGUUCUGCAACUUUGCACUGUCGACCAACAGUCUCCAAGUGCUGUAUAAGUACAUAGAACAGAAGGGGAGUCUCCAGGAGCUGGCGCCACUUCUGACGAUGCUCACCAAACAGAAGACGGCCGUCACCCAGCUGGCCAAGCAGGGCGUCAAGGACCUGGAGGAGCUCUGCGUGCUUCUGCGCAGACUAGGCGUCAAACUGAGGGUGGUGGUUAACUUAGGCCUGGUGUACAAGGUGCAGCACCACUCUGGGGUCAUUUUCCAGUUUGUUGCUUUCAUCAGGAAACGCAAGCGAACGGUACCAGAUAUAGUGGCUGCUGGAGGACGCUACGACCACUUGAUUCUGGAGUUUCGAGUGCCAGCUUCCACAGCGCCGGCCCCCUGCGCAGUGGGAGCCAGUGUCGCCCUCGACAAAGUCUGUGCUGCCAUAGCCAACAUGGAGGAGCCACCCACAGUGAGCUCCUGCGACGCGCUGGUGGUCCCGGUGGGGCAGUCGUCGAUGUCCAGAGCCAUCAGUGUGGUCCAGAAGCUGUGGAGCACCGGCCUCUCUGCAGAUAUCGCCUUCGAUGUCUCUCAGUCUCAGGAGACGUUGUUGGAGCACUGCAGGCUGACUGGCAUCACAUGCAUGGCCCUCGUCUCUGACAAAGAGGGAAACUAUGUGAAGGUAAAAUCCUUCGAGAAGGACAGGCAGUCCGAGAAACGGAUUCAAGAGUCUGAUUUGGUGGACCAUAUCGCUCAGAAAUGUCGGACCAAAUUCUUCGACGAGAGAUUCGUCAGAGAAACGUCUGAGAGUAUGAGCCUUCAGAACCCUAAAGGAUCACUGCUCAACAGCACAGGCUCUUCAGAGCAACACGGCAGCGGCGGCACCACGAGCAUCAACGUGAACGUCAUCAGUCCCGAGAAAGUUUCAGGAAGCACGAGACGGCGCUACGAGACUCAGAUCCAGACCAGAUUGCAGAAUCUCGGUAAUAAUUUGCAGAACAGGAGCAAUGACAUUGAGGUUCUGGCAGUGGACUUGCAGAAGGAAACUCUGAUCAACUUCCUGUCCCUGGAGUUUGAAAGUGAAGAGCAGUUCAACAGCAGCGUCAAGACUCUGCUGUCUCGUCUCCCGAAGCAGCGCUACUUGAAGUCCAUCUGUGAUGAGAUCUACCACUAUAAGAUAACCAAGAGGGUGGGCGUGGUGGUCUUGUACAGCUACAAGGAUGACUACUACAAGAUCCUUCUGUGAGCACCGAGGGAUUUCAUGGACCUGGGAGGUGUUCCACUUCACCUGAGCUUCAGCCAGCUCUGGGAGCUUGUUUUUAUACUUGGAUCUGCAGAAUCAGCCUGAAGAUUUGCUGGAUUCAUAUCUUUUUUUCUGUUUGGAGAUUGUGAAGACGUGAGCCCCUAAAGACAGAAACAACCUUUGUUUUACCAAGUUGAAUGGUUAUUCAGCUAUUAAAACCAAAGUCUGUAUUUUUCCUUCAAGCUUUUGGAGUUUCCUGGUCUACCCGAGAGGUUUACUGUAAUUCAUUGCCUUAAUACGAUGACAGAUAGAAAAGAGAAAGGGCUAUUCACCCCAGAUUAUGUGUCAUGAAUAGAGGAGUGUUACUUUUUAAAAAGAAAAAAAAAAUAGAAACAGAAUGGAAAGAAGGAAUAAAGCACUUUUUUUCCUAUAUGUUUUGACUUUCCGUGUGUGUGUGUGUGUGUGUGUGUGUGUGUGCGCGCGUUUGUGCGUGCGUUUGUGCAAGACUCAAGAAUAAAGAAACUCUUCAGUCCUCAGUUAUUUGACUGAAUAUUGAGUACUACCGUAUGUGUGGUAAAGGUCUGUUUGUGCAUUAAGGAGAAUUUUCUAUAUUUCUGUGUCAAUUUAAAUAUGUGAAAUAGAAAGUACAGCCAUUUUUUAACUCAAAUUAACAAAGUUUUACAAGUCUGGACGUAAUGUAAAAAGGAAUAAAUAAUGACUAAACAAAAUCGAGGCCAAAAUGCUGAAGCAGUGUCUGAAGAGCAAAGUAUUAAAUACCUUGUGGAAUCAUCUUUAACAGCAAUAAUUUAUAGAUUGAUCAAGAACUGUGAAGUCUAAGACAUCAGUCUAUCAAAUCACGCUGAAGAGUUCAAGCCGCUCUUUUCACGCCAAAGUUUGAAGGUAUUCCAUUGUUUUUCAUAGAGAAGCCAUUUUUUACCAUCUAGAAAUAAUCAAACCUCCAGAUUUAAUUGUAGUGCAGCUAAGAUGUUAUUAAAGUAA